CCGAACCGUCUUCCGAGACUUCAUAGUUAGGACCGCUUCUGCGUUAGGAAGACUGUUUUUCUAUUUUUGUUUUGAGUCUGCGGUGGAAACAUGAGAGUGAGUGAAGUCCACGCAGCAGAGUCUGUUGCUUAUCUCAACAGAGCUCUGGUUAGGCUGAAGGAUAUUUGGGAUGAAAUCGGUAUUCCAGAGGAACAGCGCGUACAGAGAACCAACGCUGUCCACAAGCACAUUAAAGGGCUGUUGGACCUGAUGAUUACCGAGGAAGAGCAGCUAAAGAAGAGAUUAAUAAAAAACAUUCAGGCAUUUCUUGAAGAGCAAAACACGUUGUGCCGUCAACUUCAGCUGCCUUCCUUUGAGGAGGAAGAGGGCUGCUCCAUGUUGCAGAUUGAGAGGAAUAGCCGUACACGUUUGGAGUUGAUGAUGGAGCAGAAGAAGCAAAGAAUGGAAGACCUAAAGGGCCUCCUAGGACAAGACCGUGAGCUGUGUGACAUUAUGUGCACUACCCCAUUUGGCAUUGACCAGGCCGCCAUCCCAUCACUGAAGCAACUUGAGGCAUAUCACGCCUACCUGGAUGAUCUGACCAAAGAGAAGGAAUGUCGUCAUGAUGAAUUUGUGAGCCUCAAAAAGGAGAUCUCCGUAUGCAUGGAUGAUCUGGAGCGGCAUCCAGAGACCAGUUUUGAGAUGGAUGUGAUGUCUGAGGACGAGGAGGCAUUUUGUCUCUCAAAUGAAAACAUUGCUGCCCUUAAAGUUCUCCUCCGUCAGUUACAAGAAAGCAAGGCUGAGAACGAGCUGCGCUGCUCAUCUUUGCGGAUCACCAUCAAGGAGCUGUGGGAAAGACUUCAGAUUCCACAAGAGGAGAGGGAGCCCAUCUCUGAGCAUAUGGUCCUGUCAAAGAAAAGCAACGUUGAGGCA